GCUCAAGCAUGGCGCGUUGCCAAGAGCACCGCUCCGCUCUUUGCUCUUCGCUCCGCUUCCAGUCUGGAACCAGAUGGAGGCUGAGGUGAGGAGGCAACCGGUCACAAAUCGUGAUGAUGCCGCUUUAGAGGAGGGCGUUCUUCCCACAGCUGAAGGCACCCGGGAGCCGCCCGCGCCAUCUGUGUGGCAGAGGUUGUGCCGGCUCCUGGGCAGCGACAACACACUGCAGGUUCAGUAUCCUGCACGUUUCAAACUCCUUUUGGGUGUGGUGCUCGUGAUGGCCGCGGCGUGGGUCACCAACUUUUUCGUCACCGUGCACCCUCUGCUCGAGGAAAACGAUGACCCUCCAGAUUGCAAGUAUGCCUUGAACCAGCUGAAGUACAAUGCGCGGGUGCUGUUUGUCUACUUUGUGUGGUUCUUCGUAGCAAGAUCCUCGCUCUUCCUGCCUUGCAUUCUGGUGCGAGUCGCCACCGUGCAAUCGCGGACCCACGGCUUUUGUCGCACGUACUGCGUGCACCUUCUCAUCCGAGAUGGUCCGAUCUACAUCUUCUGCGUGGGCUCGGUGCUCUUCUGGUUCAACAUCCUUCGCUCCCCUGGCUGCGAAGACAGGAGCCCGGACCUGUACGAACAGCUGAAGAUGUAUGCUGUGUUCUCUUGCCUGCUCGCCUUCGCGUGCAUUGUGGAGGUCUACUGGCACAACAAGUUGAUCGCCAACACUUUGGAGUUCUACUCUGCCUGGAUUCCUGAGGCGUCGCGGCGGGCCCCGCCGGACACCUUGGACAAGUUGCAGACGCGGAGCUACGAGGAGCAGGAGUUCGGAGACGAGGAGGGCAAGCAGUACCCUUCGGAGUGCGCCAUCUGUCUGGGGAGCUGGGAGCAGGAGGACGAGAUCAAGGUGACUCCCUGCGGCCAUGCCUUCCACAAGGAGUGCAUCGGCGGGUGGCUGCAAUCGGCGCGGACCUGCGCGCUCUGCCGCAAGGACCUGGUUCAGCUGACCACGGCUCCAGAGAGGCCGCUGGAGGCCCACGUGAUUGGCAACGCAAACGCCACGGUGGUGGUAGCGACCUGAGCAGCGAACUUGCACCGGUUGCCCAGAGGUGAAUCGAGCCCCGGAUCUCGUCCGUAAGGCUCUUCCGCAGGUUUUUUGGUUGCCCGGAGCUUUGGUGAUUGAAGCGUCAAAGGUUGUGUCUUGAAAUAGGGGACCACCAAAAUGUGGGCUGCUUUCC